UAGAGGUGAUACUUAUAAUAAUAAUAACUUUAUACAUAAUAAUGAGGAACUAAUUGUACAUAAUAAUGAGGAACUAAUUGUACAUAAUAAUAAAGAAAACACUCCAACAAAAAGGCAAUCACUUAAUAACGCUAAAAAAUAAUAAUCACUUAAUAAUGCUAAAAAAAUUACAUGUAUACUAGGAGACAGUAUAAUAAAAGGCAUCAACGGUUACAAGAUGACCAAAUCCCUUGACUACAACCAAAACAAGAGAGUUAUACUAAAAUCCUUUCCUGGAGCUACGACAGAAGACAUGUAUGAAUACGUCAAACCAACCAUGAAGAAAAAGCCAGAUAACAUCAUCCUUCAUGUUGGCACAAAUGAUCUUUCUAGAAACGUAGCACCAGAGGUUAUAGCUAACGAUAUAAUUAAUUUAGCAACAUCAUUGAUUCACUCGAAUAUGAACGUAUCCGUAUCUGGUCUGACUCCAAGAAAUGACGAUUAAGGUAUUAGAUGUGACGAACUCAAUGACCACCUAUAUAAAGGAUGUGCUGAACGAAAUAUCGCAUUCAUAAAUCACUAUCAGCAGAUGGAUCGGAAUCGUCACCUUAACAGAAGUAAACUACAUUUGAACCAAUAUGGAUCGGUAACACUGGCUAAUUCUUUUUUAAAUUUUAUUU